AUGGCCACGGUAGCCAAGCCUCUGAGCUCGCCGCUCCCGCCACUGCCCUCCAAGUUCGCCGGACCCGCACCUAUGAGCAUCCCGCGACGGCCCGUUGCAGCAGCUCCCGUGACCCCGACACCGGUUCUGGCGCCGACCGCUCCCGCCGGACCGGCGUCCCCCAACCCGAUCCCGUCGCCUGCUGGCUCCUACUCAAGCCUUCUCUCUGCCUACUCCAAUCACACGGCCGACUCGCCGCGGUCGCCAUCGGAAAACUCCGGCAAGGCUAUCUUCAGCUCGGCGAACUCCUAUUCGAUUGUGUCACCAGCCCUGGACACGCAGAGGAGCAGUGCACAGUCUGAUGCACCUGCGCAGGCGCUGCCGCGGCCCGAACAGAAUGCGCAAAAGGAAGAGCCCAACGGUCGUCGAGUCUUUGAGCAGAGCAGCGAAGAGUUGCCGCCACCGCUGCCUGUGAAAGAUGCACAGCGCGAGGUCGCGAGAGUGCAGACGCCCACUUCCUCCGUGCAAGCACAAACCACGCAAUCCAAAACUUCUCCGGUGGCCGGAUCACCGUUGGGGAACGACCCCGCGCAGCAAGAGCAGCUGUGGCGGCGAAGGUCGCGAUCGCUCAAAAGCGAGAGGCCCCCGGCCAUUCCGGAGCUCAAACUGGUUUCGAGCCACGGUUCCACGGCCGCGUCAGCUCAAAACACGGCGCAAAGCGGCCCCGGCAGCUUGUUUCCGCAACAACCAAUCACGCUUCUUCCCGGAAGCGACCACGAGACAUCGACGCAGUCCGCAACAUCUCGAGCUCCCCCACGGAGCGCUAACGGCGGACUACCAGGUCGCAACAUUCGUCCCGAGCUGGUGGGUGAGCACACCGCCGCACGAGGAGGCGAGGCGAGCAUGGGCCAAGACGGGUCGCGGGUCAAGGAGAAGCUUCAUAUUGGGAAGACGACAAAGCGUGAAAGUGCGGAGGAAGCGGACAAGAAAAUCCAGGAAGCACAGGUCAAAUCGGCGGUCACGGCUGGACCCACCAUCUCCCCCCUCUCUGCUCAGCGCCUUCCAAGCCCGCUUUCAGACACGGCCCUUUCUCCGCUCGCUUUGUCUGUAUCGCCAGAGCUGCCCGGCGAAGCGAAGCCGGUAGCUCGCAAACCCGUCGGGGCUCCAGACGCCCAAAUACGCCAUGCGAAGAGCAUUCCGACCUUGGCGCCAGAGUCGAAAAACCUGGGGUUGGGCGUGCGCACGCUGGCUGGUCUGCCCACGUCUCCCAGACCCGACUUAAGUAAGGAUGCGAAUCAGAAGCAGUAUAUCCCCUACUCUCCCCCGCCCGCCGGGAAUCAGGCUCCGAGUCAAACCCAGUUUCCGGCUCGGGCCUCAUCCAGGGAAGACGGCGACCAGUCUGCCCAACCCCCGACUCCGCGCCAGGAGCCAUCGCCGGUGGCGGCCUUGCCAGCUAUGCCGCAACGAAACCCGGAGCCGCAGAACCCAAGCGCGGGCGGUCUCAAGCGGGCCAUCUCCGAAGCCGGGUCCGUCGAAACAGUCAAGGCGCCACCAGCAGCAGCAGCAUCCAAGCCCCCCGUUAUUCGCGAACCAGACCACAUCCCCAGCCUGGCACUCGAUAACCAUCGUCACAGCGACAAUCAUCAAAACGACCUUCUCCCGCUUCGCGAACCAGACCCCAACCAGCCGGACCACACCGACCACCCGGGCGCCGCGCUCUUCCCGCGCAACUGGUACAACCCCUCGCCCGCCUUAGGCGGCGACGACAACAACAACAACAUGCACAUCCCCGACGCGCGCCCGCUCACGGACCGGCACUAUCGGUGUCUGACGCAGCACCGGUACAUGACGGCCAACAAGCAGCGCACCAAUCCCGUGGCCUGCCGGACGUGCGGGCACAAGGACCGCAACGCCGAAUGCUACAUCUGCAGCGCCUGCCAUCUGAAUGUGUGCUCGGGCUGUGCCGGGCUGCUGAAGCGGCUCAAGGGGGAUUUGAGGGCCGUUCUGAGGGAGGUGGGGGGGAAGAAUUGA